AUGAAGGAAAAAGCUGCUCGCAAUGAGCGUGUACCCAAUCCCUACAUCCCGCCGACUUCCGGAUGCCCCAUAAAUCGGCUCCCUCCGGAACUGCUGGCCUACAUAUUUACCGUUGGCGCGAGGAUGGAGGCUGAAGAGAACUCUGCGGAUUGGCAAAUGGAUGACGACUAUGUCGACUCCGACUACGACUCUGCUUCCGAUUCGGAGGAUUCAGAUGAGGAGGAGGAGGGAGGACCAGAGUUUCAGGUGCUAGUCUCACAUGUGUGCAGACGUUGGCGGGAAGUAGCAUUGGAGACGCCGAACCUAUGGACAUCGAUCGAUUUUACGGAAGGCCCGCCGUUCGAGAAAUCCAGAGCUUGGGUGGAGCGGUCGAAAGGUGCACCGCUCGAUAUUGCUAUCGACUGCCAGGAGUCUAUUCGACCAGCCUCUCCAUUGCCUGGGGAGGAACAUGAUUAUUCGACAGAUGAAGACGAGUACAAAUCCAUGACACUCGAAGAUCUGUCCACCGCGCUUUCCAUCAUCAUCCCACAUGUGGAACACUGGAGAUCUUUUGAACUUAUGGUUCACGACUACAAAUUCAUGUACCUGACCCUCUCGGAGCUAUCAAAAUGCCCCUCCGCACCCAUGCUGGAAGGGAUGCAGCUAUAUCACUACGACGACUGGGACGAAGUCACCGAUCAUAUGACCUUCAACCCCAAGGAUUGCGCGACGCCCUUCGUUCUGUUCAAUAAUAAUGCCCCCAAAUUGCACACCGUGGCUCUGUGGGGCGUUCACUUGAGAUGGUCUGAUACGACCUUCCUGUCGGGCCUGGUAGACCUGGAACUGGCAUAUCACACGCACGACGUCCGUCCCAGCUUAGAGGACUGGGCACGUAUGCUGACCGAGUCCCCUGAGCUCAAGAUCCUGACAUUAAGCGCGUCGGGACCGAAGGGCGAGCUAUCCGACUGGGUCGACGACGACGGAAGACACAUCCAUUCCAUCACCCUACCCUCCCUCACCGACCUUGUCCUCGCGUUCCACCCGACGCCAUAUGUCUGCGGCAUCAUGAAAAUGCUCACCGUUCCCAAUCUCAGACACCUCACGCUCGACUUCGACACCAUGGACGGUGACCAGACACCCCUCAUCAGCCAGCUAGUCGAACCGCGUCCCGGAGAGAAGAAAUCGUUGCUCAACAACCUCCUGCAGCUCAAGAUCGGCGGCCUCGUCUGCGAACGCCCGGUCAUGAACGACUUGCUCGGCGCGCUCACCAACCUCCGCGUGCUGAACAUCAACGUCGACCACACCGACCCCGUCCUGUUCGAGAAGCUCGGGCACCCCAUCGCGGUCAAUGAGGAGAAUCCGAGGGACACGCCGCUCCUCUUCGAUUCAGCGGCUGCGUCUAAUACACCCAUGUAUUGCCCGCUGCUCGACACCAUCACCACUACCGGCGUAGAUGGGGAGCAGAUGCGCGCUUUCAUCGAGGCGCGAAGGAAAGCGGGCGUUCCCAUCAAGCGAGUGUGUAUGAACGAGGUCGACCCGGUGAACGACUCCGACGAAGAGUGGAUCACGUCCAAUGUGGAGGCCUUCGAGUUGUUCGAGGGGUCGGACGAUGAGACCAUGUCUGUGAUCGAACUUGGCGAGGACAUGGAACCCGGUGAUCUGGAUGAGUUCGACAUAGGUAUAGACUAG